AUGAAUCAUAGAAUUGAGGAUAUUACAUCAAAUCCAUCGUCACCAUCACCAAAUUCUCCAUUUUCAUCUCCACAAGUUUCAUUACAACCAUCUAUAAUACAAAAUGGAUUAAAUAGUAAUAAUAGUUUAUUAAAUGGGAAUAAUUUUAAUUUAAAUGGUAACAUUACAUCCUCUCCUUCAACAUCCUCUUCACCACCAAUUUCAACUACAACAACAACCACAACUACAACAACAACAACAGCUACAGCAAAGAAAACAAAUAGUAAAGAAAAGAAAAAAACAACAAAUAAAGAUAAUAAUAAUAAUAAUAAUAAUAAUAAUAGUAAUAACCAGCAGCAGCAGCAGCAACAACAACAGCAGCAGCAACAACAACAGCAACAACAACAAUACGAAGAAGAAGAUGAUGAUGAAGAGGAUGAAGGUGGUGAUGAUAACACAAAAGUUGGUAAAGGUGAAAAAAUGAAAGCGAGAAGGACAAAUCAAAAUAUAGCUAGUAGAAAUUAUAGACAAAGAAAGAAAGUGUACAUAAAAGAAAUGGAAGAUAAGAUAAACUCAUUAACAUUAGAGAAUGAUUCAUUAAAGAAAGAUUUAUAUAAAAUUGGUAAUAACCCUUUAGAACUAUUAAAAUUUUCACAAGAAGUCGUUUUUUUAAUGACUCAAAUUAGAAGGUUAGUAUUUCAAAUCGAUCAAGCAUUAAGAAAUAGUGAACCAGAUUCAUCAAUAAAAUCAUUAUUAAAUACUUGGCAAUCUACAAUGGACCAGGCUUCUUCAAUAAAUGAAAGAGAAAUUGAAAGAUUUGUUCAUCCAUAUACACAAGCAAAAUUAACAGUUAUGGGUUAUAAACCUCAUACAAAUCCAUGGACAGAUUUUAUAAAGACACCAGGACAAGAGGAUUGGUGGACGAAAUAUGCAGAGAAAGCAAAUUUAUCAUCGGAUCAAUUGGAACAAAUUAAUAAUCUUUGGUUGAGAUUUGAUGAGGAGGAAAGAGUAUUACAAAAGGAGUUGACAGAUUUGGAUGAAUAUAUAAAGAAAUUCUUUUUGACGAAAAUCAUCAUUAUGCCAGACACAGAGAAACUAAAUGAUAUCAUUUCAAGUUGUUUACCAAUACCAGAGAAUCAUGAUGGCGAUAUUCUUCAAACUAGUGAAGUAUUGGAAUUCAUUUAUAACUUGGAGAAGUUGAAACAGAAAUUCAUUAAAGUUCAACGUUUGACUUGGGAUACCAGUAAACAAAUGUCAAAAUAUUUAACGGUACGUCAAGAAGCAUUCCUAUUGGUAUUGGUUCACUCAAACACUAAAUACAUUCACACCAAUAUGGAUAUGACUAAUAAUCUUUGGAAUCAAUUGAAUCAUAGUGCUUUAUCGAAAACUCCAUCUACUUAUUUAUUGGGUGGUGUUCAUUCUUCAUCAUCAUCAUCAUCGUCGUCGUCAUCGAGUAUGAGUUCAUCUACAAGUAGAAUCUUAAAUAAUCAUGGUAUUCCAACACCAUUAUCAUCUUCAAAUUCUUCACCAUCUUCACUUAGUGCUUCAUCCUCGAUUGGUGAAAGUAUUCAUAGUUACUCACAAUUACCAAAUGUUGUACAACCAAUUCAAACUCAACCAUCUUCAAUGUUUACUCCACUACCUGGUGCAAAACCUUUGAAAAAUCAACAACCAAUCGAUGAUUUAUUCUUUGGUACUAUUCCACUUUCACAAGUUCCAUUAUCUUUUCAACAAAACAGCAAUAUGGCUCUGUUUUCAAAUUAUAGAAAUUUCACACAACAACAAGCACAACAACAGCAACAACAACAGCAACAACAACAUGCACAACAACAUGCACAACAACAAGCACAACAACAAGCUCAUUUACAAGCACAAAUUCAAGCACAAAUAAUGCAACAAGCUCAACAAAUUCAUCAAGUUCAACAAGCUCAACAAGCAUCUCAACAAGCUGCACAACAAGCUGCUCAACAAGCCGCAGCACAACAAGCAGCUCAACAACAAGCAGCUCAACAACAAUCUCCAAUACAAACACAACUAUCUCCACCACAACACAUUACUCCACAGCAUACCCCACAACAACAUAUACAACAGCAACAACAACACCAAAACUAUCAAGGUACUGAACCUCAUCUUUUAGGUGAGUUUAUGUUCUUUAAUAGUAUUGAUGCAACCAAUAGUAACAAUAACAAUAACAACAACAACAACAAUAAUAAUAAUAAUAAUAAUAAUAAUAAUAAUAAUAAUAAUAAUAAUAAUAAUAAUAAUAAUAAUAGCACUCCCAUUGAUCAAUUAAAUGAAUAUAGACCCGAUUAUAACAAUAAUAACACCAAUAAAAUACUACCAAAUAUAAUUCAAUCUUUGAGCGCCUCCUCUAAUAAUAGUUUAUUUUCUCAUCAACAUCAACAACAAAACUCACAAUCUCCAACCUUACCACCGAGUCAAAAUGAUUCUGUUCAAUUCCAUUUUUAUCAACCAAUUCAUCAAAAUAAUCAAAAUAAUCAAAACCAUAACAAUUGA